UUCAAAUACUUGUUAGGUACUCAAAUAAGUAUUUUAAAUUCUUUUGAAAAAAGUACUUCAACAAAGUAUUUUAAAUACGUUUUCGAAGUAUCUGUAUUAAUCAAAUACUUCAAUAAUUAUUUUUAGUUAAUAAUAUGUAUUAUAUAUUAACUAUAAUAUGUUGAUCACAUUAAAUACAAAUACAAAUUGAGGAAUUAUACAUAAUAAUAAAUUUUUCUACUGCGAAUUGCAUACUCAGCAGAUAAUCAAAUACUUCGACAUGGGAAAUAAUUGAGUAAGGUUUAUUAAUGGCAUCAUCGAAUUCGACAGAAAAUUGUUUUUAUUAAAUUCAUCGUUCCCCGUUAAAUUAUAUUCAAUAAGCAAAAGAUUUUGGAAAAUUAUUUUUGUUUUUUAUGUUUUGUUUUUUCUUUGUAUUGAAUAUUGUUACAGUUUAAUUCGACCUCCAUUUGUUUUUUCUUUAACAGUCUUAUUCCAUACACCAGAUAUUAUUAUCUUUGUAGUAAUGGUUACAUCAUUUUAUCAUCUCAGUAACUUGGGGUUCCGAUUUUCUGAGUUGAAUAGAUUAUGGAAAUGCUUACCUUUUGGAUUAAUCGCUUUGCCUGCAGGUGGAUGGACAAAUUCUGAGAUAACAAUGUUAGUAGAACGUAUACGGUUGUUGCAUUCUGAACUUUCUGAGUUGCUUAAAUUGUUUAGUUUGGGUUACGGACCGGUAUUAUUAUUAUAUUUCAUAUUUACAUUUACCCAUGCUUUAAUCGAAACAUUUCACAUUACAAUUUACAAUGAUUUAUUGGGAAAUAAUAUUCUACCAUACAUAUUCUACCUACAACACAUUUUUCACAUGAUUUCAAUCAUCUACGUCACCUCUUGGGUCAUUGACAAGAAAAGAAAAAUGAUUUCAUAUUUGCGAUUGAACCGAAUCUCUGAAAUGCCUGUUGAUACUAAGUUACAAAUUAAAAUAUUCAUGAAUCAGAUAUCAGUUUAUGAACCAAACGAAUUAACAGCAUUUGGAUUCUUCAAUUUCGAUUUAAAAUUAACGAUGUCAAUUUUAGUGCUAUUGAUUACUGGGAUUUCUACUAUGAUGCAAAUGAAAAAUCACCCUUGGAUAUUGUACAUGAGGAACGAGUUCUUAAUGAACCACAAUUAUGAAUAUGAUUGAUAACUAUUAAUAUAUUAUAAUAAACAAUAGGCAAAGAGGCCGAAAUGACCAGUAUUGAAGAUACAAGUAUGUUAAAGACAUAGGUAGGUAUCUACUUACCUUCUAUCUUGUACCGCAAUACUGAGUGUUGAAUAAUUUUCAGUUAACUUUACUGAGUUAAGUAUCGAGUAGGUACCUAUUGUUUUGCUGAUCUAUGUAUCGAUUAUUUAAUAAAAUAAUAUUAACAAGCAAAUAGGCAAUACCUAGGUACAUGGACACGUGAUACAGCAGAUAGGUACUCUGGAUUGGACUUUCGUUUGAAUUGUUAACAAUUUUUCUUCUAUUUUUCAUUAAUUGACAGUACCGUCAAACAGACCAACUUGGGUCAAAAAUAUUAUCUUAUAGUUAAACCUAAGGCAUAAAUGUCUCUUAUCAAUCAAUUAAUGUGAAACAAAUAUUUACAAAUAUUAUAAUAAAUCACUUUGGUAAUUAGUAGUGCCACAGUAUUUUCACCAAUUAAUUUUAUGUUUAUUAUCUACCGUUUUGCUGUUGCCCAAAAAUUUACACUAAUACUCAUUGAAUGAGAUGUUAUGUAUAAAAAUUUAUAGUAAAAAAUAUGUUCUGAUGUGUAUACAAUUUUCUAGUCUAUAAAUUAUUAUAAUUCUGCAUGUAUUUUUAGUCCAAUUUGAGUCACUAUUAAUCAAUCAUGGUGGAAGUCAUACUUAGGUUAGGAUAAAUUUUACCAAGUCCAUUCCAUUUAAACAAGACUAACCUUGAUAUAAUUUAGUCUAAAUAGUACCUAUAGUUGUAUUUUUAAUUUUGUAUAGAUGGGUAAAUGUUGGAGAAAAUUGUUGAAAAU